GAUAAUUCUACUAACUCCACAAAUCACAUUCAAUUUAUUUAGAUAUCUUAUAACUAGAAUUCCUUUUUUUUCGAUCAGCGAUGCGAUCCUCAAUUCAAAGAGAAACGAUAUCAAGAAGUGGUGAACAACAAGUUCAUGAUCCUUAUUUCAAUCACUAUGCACCGUUUUAUUCAAACAAUGUGUACGACCUUUUUGGUCGUGAUAAAGGUUGGAAUUAUAAUUUCCACGAAUUUUAUGACGAAAAUACUUCAAAAUUACCGUCCAAUCAGCUACCUGCAAAGCUGAUGAAAAUACAGCAUAAAGAAGCAAUAGAGGCACAUUUCUUCAGGUGUCAAUUGUAUGGCUACAAUGAAAGACAUGUCAAAAUACAGGUGGAUGACAAAGUAUUGACGAUUAGUGGGAGAAAAAGGUAUAAGAAAUUCUCCACAUCCUUUCAACUACCUGAGAAUUCUAUGCCUAAUUCUUUUCAGAAAUCAAUGAACAGAAUGGGAGUGGUCACUAUAACUGUUCCUAAGAUGGAAAUUAGGAGGAACAACCAAAGUCCUCUAUUAAUUAAUAUAAAUUAAUAAAUUUAAAAGGUUGAUAUAAUAUUAUCUCAAUUAUAAUUUAUAGUAUAGUAUAUAGUAUAAUAUUGUGGAAUGAGAAGUAAAAAUAACGAGAAAUUAAAAAGAAGUGAGUUUGGGUUAUGUUUGUGUAUUAUUAUUAGUAAUUACUACAUAAAUAAAAUGGUAUUUCUAUUU